AGCCGUCAGUGUGGGGGACGCGGCCACCAACGCAAGCACGCAUGCGCCUCGCUCUCCGCGCUAGGGCUUGCCGCGCGAGUUCCCGCCGCCAUCUUUCUUCCUGGCGGCCGCGUCCUCUGUGCCCGGGUGCGCAGGCGCAGUGUUCGGUGUUGCUGCGAAUCUGGGCGCCGUCCUCCCAGACCUGGCCGCGACAUGACAACGCUGUUGGUGCAGAGGAUGGUGGCCAGGGUCGUGAGCCCCCUGCUCCGCCUCGGCCCCCGCGCCGCGAACCCUCCCGCCUUCUCCACGCUCCUGGCCGGUCCCCUCCGAGGUGCUGGGUCUCUGCUCCUGCGCGGCCCUUUCCCCUGCCCACAGCCUGCGCUGGGCUUCAAGACCAAAGGCGUCCUCAAGAAGCGCUGCAAGGACUGCUACCUGGUGAAGAGGCGGGGACGGUGGUUCAUCUACUGCAAAACCAACCCCAGGCACAAACAGAGGCAGAUGUAGCCUCUUCCCCUCCAGAGUAAUGCGCAAAGUUACCGCCGCGUUCUGUCUUUGGGAACAAGGUUGUAUCUGAUUAUGAGAGUGAAGACGCCAGGAGUCGGAAGAUUUGACUCUAAAUGUUACUUAUUACUCUCUUUGGUUUUGAUGUACCUUUAUAAUUAGUUUAUUUGCCAGUUAAAAACACUUUUUCAACAAAAGUAAAUACACUUUC